GAGAAAAGGGAGGAGGAGAAAAAGGAGGAGGAGAAAAGGGAGAAGGAGAAAAAGAAGGAGGAGAAAAGGGAGAAGGAGAAAAAGAAGGAGGAGAAAAGGGAGGAGAAAGCAGCACAUCAGCCUCAGCUGCAGCGUCCCGCGCUCUCCGCGGACCGAGCAGCCCGGAGCCCCGUCGGUGUCGGCCGGAGACCCGGGCAGCCUCUCCGGGGGAAGCGGACGGACAGCAGCCGGGAACCAUCCGAGCAACCCCGACCUCGCCCGCCUCCUGCGGCCGGGCUUCUCCCCGCUUUUGCCCGGCGUCCGGCUCGGGCCAGGGGCUGCCGCAGCCAUGGGCGACAAAGGCACCAGAGUGUUCAAGAAAGCCAGCCCCAAUGCCAAGCUCACCGUUUACCUGGGAAAGAGAGAUUUUGUCGACCACAUUGACCUCGUGGAUCCAGUCGAUGGCGUCGUCUUGGUGGAUCCAGAAUACUUAAAAGAGCGCAAAGUUUUCGUGACGCUGACCUGCGCUUUCCGCUACGGCCGCGAGGAUCUGGACGUGCUGGGCCUCACCUUUCGCAAAGAUCUCUUCGUGUCCAACGUCCAGGCCUUCCCUCCGGUGGCCGAAGAGAAGAAGCCACUGACGAGGCUGCAGGAACGGCUGGUGAAGAAGCUGGGCGAGCAGGCGUACCCCUUUACGUUUGAGAUCCCUCCCAAUCUCCCCUGCUCCGUGACGCUGCAGCCUGGCCCGGAGGACACUGGAAAGGCUUGCGGGGUAGACUACGAGGUGAAGGCCUUCUGCGCGGAGAAUUUGGAGGAGAAGAUUCACAAGAGGAACUCCGUGCGCCUGGUCAUACGGAAAGUCCAGUAUGCGCCUGAGCGGCCAGGCCCCCAGCCCAUGGCGGAGACCACUCGGCAGUUCCUCAUGUCCGACAAGCCCCUCCAUUUAGAGGCGUCGCUGGAUAAAGAGAUCUAUUAUCACGGAGAACCGAUCAAUGUCAAUGUCCACGUGACAAACAACACCAACAAGAUGGUCAAGAAGAUUAAAAUCUCAGUUCGACAGUAUGCAGACAUCUGCCUGUUCAACACUGCCCAGUACAAGUGCCCGGUGGCCGUGGAGGAAACCGACGACGUGGUGGCCCCCAGCUCCACCUUCUGCAAGGUCUACACCUUGACGCCCUUCCUCGCCAACAACCGGGAAAAACGCGGACUGGCUUUGGACGGAAAGCUGAAACACGAGGACACCAAUUUGGCUUCCAGCACCUUGCUAAGAGACGGCGCCAACAAGGAAGUUUUGGGCAUCAUCGUCUCCUAUAAAGUGAAAGUCAAGCUGGUGGUCUCACGAGGCGGCUUGCUGGGAGACCUGGCCUCCAGCGACGUAGCCGUGGAGCUGCCCUUCACCCUGAUGCACCCCAAACCGAAGGAAGAGGCCUUGCACCAAGACGCUCCACAAAACGAAGCUCCCAUCGACACAAACCUCAUAGAGCUUGACACAAAUGACGAUGACAUCGUCUUUGAAGAUUUCGCCCGCCAGAGACUCAAAUGCAUGAAGGACGAGGAAGAGGAGGCCGACGGGACAAACUCGCCCCAGCUGAACGACAGAUAAACGGCCCACCUUCCUUCUCCCUUUCCACUCCGAGCCCCCCCCCCACCCCCAGCACUCCCCCUCCUCUUUUUCUAUAUAGGUUUUUGGAAGUUGCGUUCUUUUUAACACGUUGACCCGGGAGACGGCGAGGAGGUGCGGUCCGUCCCCUUGCAAACACGGGCCUGGGUUCGAGGUCACCGCCCGGUCUGAGUUCUGCGGGCGGGGUCUAAGAACGAAGCUGCGUUGUCCAGCCACGCUUAGGGCAUGUGUGGGACUGCAUGUGUGUCUCUGUGUGUGUGUGUGUGCCGGGAGGGGCUGAUGGUAUGACUCCGAGAGUCCUUGGUGCUCUCUGAGCUGGGUGGGGUUUUUUGCAGCUGUUUCGUGACCCAACUAGGGAACAUCAUCAGU